ACUGCGCUCCAGCGCAUAACGUUGCAACGUAUGAGCGCCCCACCCCCCUCCUACUAACACGUCACACAUGCCACCGGAGCCCGUACCUGCCCUCUCCGCUUCUCAUGCGGUACAAAAGCUCCACGCAUGCGAAGUGACUCUCCCUUUUCUCUUUAAGAUAUAAGUACAACCUGUGGAUCCACUAUGGCAGAUGAUGAUUUCUCCACUGCUGAUGCUGGGGCCUCUACAACAUACCCAAUGCAGUGCUCUGCACUGAGGAAGAAUGGCUAUGUCAUGCUGAAAGGUCGUCCCUGUAAGAUAGUUGACAUGUCUACCUCCAAGACUGGCAAGCAUGGACAUGCAAAGGUUCACCUUACUGGACUUGACAUCUUUACGCAGAAAAAGUAUGAAGAUAUCUGCCCAUCUACCCACAACAUGGAUGUUCCAAAUAUAACAAGGAAAGACUAUCAGGUAAUUGAUGUGGCUGAUGGUUUCUUGGCUCUGAUGGAUGACAACGGAGAAACCAGAGAGGACCUUAAAUUGCCAGACAAUGACCUGGGAAAAGAGAUUGAGAGGAGGUUCACUAACGGGGACCAGUUUAUGGUCUCUGUGUUAAAAGCUAUAGAUGAAGAGCAUGUAGUGGGCACGAAGACCAUGACUUCCUAAUAAGUAAAGGACAACGCUGGAGACCUCACAAUCCUAUCCUCCAUUAUGGUUUUGGAGCCUCACCAAAGCUACUGGCCUUUGCCCCACACCGCCACCAGAUUUGCUGCUGUCAGCUAAAAUCCAGAAACUGGACGUGGUCAGCUUCUUCUCUAUCUAAAGCUCAGACGUGACUGGCAUUCUCUCUAAACAGUCAUCUUCCCCUUGCCAUCACAGCAUAACUUUGCAGUGGGUGCUGAUAUUAUUCCAGUAUUUCCUACAAAUAUUUCAGCACUCCAUAACAUUCCUGUUUGAGUACUCGUUACGUGUAUUUGCUUUUAAAUUACAUUUUAUUUUUAAAAAAGUUAAACAUUUUCAGAUGCCUGUAAACAUGGCUUAUGUUUACAGGGUAGAUGCUGUACCUGAUUUAUUCUCUUUAAUGUUUCCCGUAAAAUAAUUCAAAUUCAGCUGGCUGAUAUUUGCUCCAGCUAUAAUCAUUGCACAGUUAAGAGACCCUAAAGCAUUAACGUUAUUAGUAGCUUGACUAUAUCUGCCUGCCUUUACAAGUGACGCACAGUCAUCUGCAUGCACAUUCAUGACUAGUAUACUCAUGCCUUAGCAGCUAUGAAUUUAUGUAAAUGAGAAUUUUACUUACUCAUGGCAGGAUUUCUAUAGCUCAUAGCCAGGACUCAAGAUGGGCCUUUUUUUAUUUUUAUUUUAUUUUAAUUUUUUUGCAGUCUCAGCUGUUAUGAAGCUGAACAGGCCAUAAUGGGGUGAUUGGGUGGGGCCAUAUUCUCCUCUAUGCUAUAAAACUUUCCUUUCACUUGAGGCCUUUACAAGCUGUCAGAUGUAUAGAAACUGAUUUUAAAAGAACAAAACACUUAAAAACAUGUGCUAUUUAGUCUUAAACUCUUUAUUUUAAUUCCAACAGUUUUGUCUCUAUUGACAAGUACAUUUCGCAUUCUCAGAAUGCUACUGAUAUCAUUUUUCUUUUCUUUUUUUUCUUUUUUUGGCAGAAAUUGUCAAAAUAUUGUAUGAUGUAGCAAAAUCUGUGGAAGUUAUACUUUGAGUUAUCCAAUUCUUGUUGUGACAUUCAUGACGAGCAGAAAUUAGAAAAGUGGGAAAAUGGUAGUUACAGAGUAGUUGAGUAAGCAGGUCUAUUUUCUAGUCUAAAAUGCCUCACAAGGAGUUUUAUUACAUAUUGCUUAGGUUAAUUACUUCUCCAUUCACAAACUGUUCCUCGGAGACAUCAGGUAAUGGCAGGAAAUCAGAAUGUGUUUACAUGCACUGCAUCAAUGUUGCUGGAGAACCUGCAUUUAUAUGCUGGUAUUGUUGGUUUUCUCCCCUACCUCCUAAUGGAAAAUUAAAACUGAAUGUAGUGUUUUGAGAGUAUUAGCAUUGCUAACUAAAUUUAAAGCAUUGCAGUCAGUUUUUUCUUUUUUCUUGUUUUGUUUUUUGAGCUGAGCAUUUGGAUACUGUUUCAAGAGUGUACAAAAACCCUCCUGUUUAGCUUGUGUAGAUGAAUUAAUCAGACUGGUUAGAGGUUUUAGUCUGCCUUUUGGUUUUUGGUUACAAGUGUCCAUGUGUGUAUACGUUCUAACACUAGCUAUUCAUUUUUAGUCAUGAAUCUUUGUUGUUGUACAAACCCUGUUCAAACCUCAGUUAAGCAAAUGCAUUUAAAACUGUAGCUUUCUGUAGCCGAAGUCCCCCAGUCCCUUACACCAUGUAGAGAAAAUGUUUACAUGAUGGUUAUGACGUUAGGUCAUUGCUAAAAAUCUACAACAACCAGACUUCUUACAUUUAUGUGAACACAGGUUGUAAUAAACAUUGGAAGAUAUUCUUU